UGGCACUAAACUUAGUCAAAAACAUCUCAGAACGCGUCCUCAUUUAUGGGGCUGUAGUUUGUGAUUAUAGAGCUGACAGUAGCAGGGUGCUCCGGUGGAGGUUUUGGACGAAGACGCGUCUUCGCUACAGGCGAUGGCGUCUGCACCUCUGCUGGGCAGAGCUGUGUGCGCGAGCUGCAACGAGGAGAUAGUGGAUAAAUAUUUAUUAAAGGUGAACGACUUGUGCUGGCACGUGCGUUGUCUGUCCUGCAGCGUGUGCCAGGCGUCACUGGGCAGCAGCACGAGCUGCUACAUCAAAGAAAAAGAGGUUUUCUGUAAACUGGAUUACUUUCGUAGGUACGGCACUUGGUGCGCGUGCUGCGGCCGGAAUAUCCACUCCACGGAUUGGGUCCGCCGGGCAAAGGGUAACGUGUAUCACCUGGCCUGCUUCGCCUGUUUCUCCUGUAAGAGGCAGCUGUCCACCGGGGAGGAGUUCGCUCUCGUGGAGGAGAAGGUGCUGUGCAGGGUACACUACGACUGCAUGCUGGACAACCUGAAGCGGGCCGUGGAGAAAGGGAGCAGUGUGAACAUGGAGGGUGCUGUGCCUACCGAACAGGAGAUCAACCAGCCAAAACCCUCCAAGAGAGCACGGACCAGCUUUACUGCCGACCAGCUGCAGGUGAUGCAGGCUCAGUUUGCUCAGGACAACAAUCCAGAUGCUCAGACGCUGCAGAAACUGGCCGAGCAGACGGGCCUCAGCAGAAGAGUCAUUCAGGUGUGGUUCCAGAACUGUCGAGCCCGUCACAAGAAGCACGUGAGCCCCAACCACAGCUCUAGCACCCCGCUGACCUCACUGCAGCCCAGCCGCCUGUCUCAGCCCACCCCGACGCCUGAAGAGCUGCAGUACAAUGCCUACGGAGGCCCAGAAGGGUCAAUGCUCUCCGCGCUACACUCCUUCAUAGACAUACAUUCCCCUCAGUCCAUGUUUCAACCGCUGCUGCCCACCCACACCAUGACCUCCCUGCCCGUGUCUCACACUUGAGCUGCUCCAGCACACACCAUGCACAUGCCAGCCUUCACCAGCUCAGCCAUCGUUAGCAGCUAUUCAUUUCCCCAUGGUAAUUUAAUUAAAUCUAAGUGAACUAUUUAUCCGUUACUUACCCCUAAACUGCCAGUAUUUUCUAACAUGUUGAUAUUCUGUUGGAUUUACAGUCCUAAGUGUUCUCUUGAGUGUGGAAAUGGAAAAGUUUCUGUGUACCUCAUAGGAUUGUGACACAUAACAUUAUAGAUUUAUAUUCGUUUGUGUAGUCAGUGACACAUAUUGACCCCGAUACUUCUGAGUGAAAGCCAGCCAGACCCAAAAUAUCGACUCAAAAUUA